GCUCUCUCCCUGUCCGUCUCUCUCUCUCUGAUAUUUUCUGACUUUGAAUGCUCUAUAAUAAUACAAGGGCCAAGAAGUCAAUGUCUUAAGCACUCCUCUGUAUGGUUUAGGCUCCAUGAAAAUAACCCAAUAUGGAGAAAAGACCAACAGCCUUCUUUUACACACAUGGUGUCUUCUUUGUGUGGUUAUGUUUAGCUGCUUCUGCUUCUUGUGAUGAGCUCACAUUGAGUUUCUACUCAGCUUCAUGCCCUUCUGCUGAGCUCAUGGUCAAAAACACAGUUAGAUCAGCUUCUGACAUGGACCCUACCAUCCCUGGGAAGCUCCUUCGCUUGCUCUUCCAUGAUUGCUUUGUGGAGGGUUGUGAUGCAUCUGUGCUUCUACAAGGAACUGGGACUGAGAGAAGUGAUCCGGCAAACACAUCUCUGGGAGGCUUUUCAGUGAUUGAUUCAGCAAAACGACUGCUUGAAAUUUUCUGUCCAGGAACUGUUUCUUGUGCUGACAUUGUUGUUUUGGCUGCUAGAGAUGCUGUUGAAAUUGCUGGGGGACCUGUAGUUCAGAUUCCAACUGGUAGGAGAGAUGGAAAGGUUUCUGCAGCUUCAAAUGUCAGGCCUAAUAUUGUAGACACAAGUUUUACAAUGGAUGAGAUGAUUAAGCUCUUCUUAUCUAAAGGGUUGUCUUUGGAUGACCUUGUCACCCUAUCAGGAGCUCACACUAUUGGAUCAGCUCAUUGUGGUGCAUUCAGUGACAGGUUCCAACAAGACUCCAAAGGGAAACUCAAACUCAUUGACACAUCCUUAGACAAUGCUUAUGCAGGGGAGCUCAUGAGACAGUGCCCUGCGGACGCAAAUCCAUCUACGACAGUCAAAAUUGAUCCUAACACUUCGUUUGUGUUCGAUAAUCAAUACUACCAAAAUCUCAUAGCCCACAGAGGGCUAUUUCAAUCGGAUUCCGUCCUGUUAACCGAUGACAGAACAAGGAAGCUAGUGGAGAGUUUAGCACAGGACAAAGUUAUUUUCUUUGAGAGUUGGGCUCAGUCAUUCUUGAAGCUUGCUAGCAUUGGCGUCAAGACUGGUGAAGAAGGCGAAAUUCGAGCCUCUUGUCCAACAACUAAUGCAUAAAAGAACGAAAAAUAGUUGCAAAUUUGCAAGUUCUUACUUUGAAAGUGUUACGUCCUCAAUGCCACAAGUUGCUUAAAAUUAAAACAACUUUAAGAUGCAUUUGUAAAACCUUUAUAUUGUUUAUGUUACAUUACAACUUACAAGAGUUCUUUUUUCGUUUGCUUGCUGUGUUGGCCUCUCUGUAAAAUGAAGAGAAAACCAAAAAUGAAUGUUAUCUUUAUGUUAUCAUAUUCAUGAAAAAUAUAAACCUUUUUUUUUUCAUUUUA